AUGAUUUCUUUGAAAUCAAGAGUUAGCACAGCUCAGAAGAUGAAAAUACUUCAGGAACCGCAGAUGGUUUCAUUCAAAUACUUGCCAAACCCUACAUUAACCAAGUCGCAACUGCCGCUUCGUUGUUGUUCCCGUGACUUCUCUCACUUAAAGCCUCCUUCUCCAUACUCACGCAAAAGAAACUUCAGCACUCGUGCGCUGGCGACUCUUGUACGCCCUGAAAUUACCAUCGCUGAAAGAAUCAUGACUGUCUUCACUACCCCUGGUACUCUUGGUGGCGAAGGUAAUGGACUCGGAGGAAACAAUGGGGGUGAUAUUGGCGGCGGCGGUGGAGGUGAUGAAGAUAACGGCGACGACGACGAAGACGACGAUAGCGAUGAUGAUGAAAAAGACGACGAUGAAUACAUCGAUGAUGACGGUGGCGUUAAUGGGGGUUUAUUUCGGAAGCGAGUUUUAGUUCCGGAAGUGUUUGAUGGAAAGACUAUAAAUGCGAUCUUGAGUGAUUGGAAAAAGACGAUGGAACAUUUACCAUUAGGGUUGCAGCAAGCUUGUGAGAUGGGAAUAUUGAGUUCAGCCAAAUUAACGAGGUUCCUCUGGUUCAACACGCGUCCCUCGUUUACUCGGCUUUUCGCCCGCCAUCUUCCACUAAAUUUGUCCCUUGAUUUUGCCGGAAUGAUUAUGGCGGACCCGGCAUUGCCGUAUAAGCUCUUUUAUGAGGCUGUUUUCUCUUUUGGGUGGUCUGUUUGGCUUGACAUCAAGGAGUAUCGUAUGGUAGAGCGAAAGACGUUCAGACGUGAAUGGCAUUUGGUGCUUACCAAUGCUGUCACAAACGCAGCUUGUAAUGCCUUUGUGGUUUGGUCUUUGGCUCCUCGUGAUGGGCUUAUCAAUUUGCCAAGGCUCCCGAGAAACGUCUACAAUGUAUUUGAGAAGAACCAAAUACUUGGGAAAUUUGGUUUGGACAAAAGGGUAUCUUCGUUUUUUCGAAAAGUCGUUGUUUUCUUCGCUCUCGGCUCUGCUUCGAAAUUGUCUGCCCAAAUUCUGAGAUUGGCAGCUCAGUCUUCUAAUCAAGGAAAAGAGAAGAGAAUAUCAAUAAGGAAAUUUUCCCAUUUAGGUAAAGAAGCAUUUGCAGCUGGGCUCUCUAUGGGGUUAGUUUCGAACAUUCGUCAUCAGUUGAUGUGUGGUGUUGAUAGAGGCUUGGACUUUUACUUUGAUGUGCCAAAAGCUACGGUAGCUUUUGGGUUAGCAAUGAGGUUUGUAAAUGUGGCCAUUGGAACUAAAGAAUUGAGUUGGAUUAGGUCUGAGGAUAUGGACAACUUUUCAUCUACUCACUCCUUAUUGUCCCCAGCGGAAGAUGCUAAUGGGUUUGAUUUUCAAACUGCUGUUUCAACGGGGUUUGGCAUUGUUGAUAACUUUACUAAGACACAAUCUGCUCCUCAGACCAAGAAAAGAGUGAUAAGGAAGAAGAUUGAAGCAAAUUUAUGUUAG